GGCCCCACCCGGGGCGCGCGGGGCGGCGCGCGGCGGUGCGGCACGAGGGCGCGCGGCGCGCGGACAAUACCGGGGCGGCGGCGGCGGCUCGGCCCGGCCUCGAUCGGCCACGAUCGGCCUCGAUCGGCCCGGACCCGCUCGGCCUCGAUCGGCCCGGCCCGGUCUCGCUCGGUUCGGCCUCGAUCGGCCCCGCUCGACUCGGCCCGGACCCGCUCGGCCCGGCCCGGCCCGGCACCAUGCUGGCGCUCUUCAACAAGCUGCUGGACUGGUUCCGGGCGCUGUUCUGGAAGGAGGAGAUGGAGCUGACCCUGGUGGGGCUGCAGUACUCGGGCAAGACCACCUUCGUCAACGUGAUCGCGUCAGGACAGUUCAAUGAAGACAUGAUCCCGACGGUGGGCUUUAACAUGAGGAAGAUCACCAAGGGGAACGUUACCAUAAAGCUCUGGGACAUCGGUGGCCAGCCACGGUUUCGCAGCAUGUGGGAGCGGUACUGCCGUGGAGUGAGUGCCAUUGUGUACAUGGUGGACGCCGCUGACCAGGAGAAGAUAGAGGCCUCCAAGAAUGAACUGCACAACCUGCUCGACAAGCCGCAGCUCCAGGGCAUCCCGGUCCUAGUCCUGGGGAACAAGCGAGACCUGCCCGGUGCCUUGGAUGAGAAGGAGCUCAUUGAGAAGAUGAACCUCUCCGCCAUCCAGGACCGAGAGAUUUGUUGCUACUCCAUCUCCUGCAAAGAAAAGGACAACAUUGACAUCACCCUACAGUGGCUUAUCCAGCACUCGAAGUCUAGGAGAAGCUGAGAUCCUGUGGACCACGGCCUGGAUCGGGAAGAUGCCAUUGUACAAGCCCAUGCCCCUUCUUUUUCCUGCUCUGUCCCUCCAGCUCUCUCUCUAGAUGGGUAUUUUUAGGGGACCCCAGACUCCGCUCGCAUUGAGGUGGAGCCCUUGUUUUUAUUGUAAAGAAAAUGUCUGACUCUGCCCUCCUCCCCUCUCUUCUCCUCUCUCUGUCUCUUCCAUUUUGGCACUGUUCUGUUGUUGUCUGUGUAUACAGUAUAUAUAUAUAUAUGUAUAUAUAUUUUAAUUUUUUAAUUUAAGCGAUAGCGCUCUUACUAAACUGGGCCCUGUGAGCGGUAGGAAGGCUGUGGGCUCCCCGAGGCUGGCCAAGGGCCAGCGCUGGGAGGAAGAUGAGGGUGGUGGCAAAAGGCAGCCCCUCGGGGAUGGGGCUGUGCCAGGCUGCAGGCAGGUCCCCUGGGGCUCCCUCAUCCCUUCCCCGGGUGUCCUGCCUGUACCCCAGGGCAGGGAGCAUCCUGGGGGUGUCGGGAGCAUGCCCACCUCACCCUUCCUUGGGCUUUGGCCCCAUGGGCAGGGUGUGAGGGGGAGGCGAUGCCACCCCCCUGGGCUCCUCACCCUUUCGGGGGGACGGGGAUUAGUCAUGACCCGCUGCCAUCAGCCUGCCCUCCAUUGCCUCCAGCUGCCGUGGCACUGCCCCGAUCCCUCCUCACUGCCCUGGGCCACUUGUCCCCCUGCCCCAUGGCCCCCCCAGGCCCCCGCACCUGGGCUGGAUCCUGCUCCGCUGCCCAGUGCUGCUGCCCUGCUGCGCUGGGGUGGUAAUCCGAGGGGCCGGUGCCACUGCAGGGGGGGGAAGCAGCGAUGCCAGCUGCCCCCACGGGGCAUGGUGGGCUGGCUCCUGCCCCCUCCCUGCCCCAGCUACCCCCAGAGAAGUUUGGCCCCACGUAGCCUCACAGGGGGGCUGCGCUGGCUCCCCAUGUGCCAAAAGGCAUCGCCUGCACCUGGCUGGGGGCUGCUGGCUCUGCCCCGGCCAAGGACAUUGCGUGGGGGUGUCAGGGAAGGAGGGACACAUGGAGACGUGUGGGGGGCCAUGAGAGCCCCUGUGGCCCCGCAGCUCUGCCCUUCGGAGGCGGGGGGUGCUCUGUGUGCCCUGCUCCCCGUGCCCUGCUCCCCACGCUGGACCCCAGCUCUGCUGCCCUGGCUGGGGGGGAACAGGGGGGCAGUGGGGCAGGGGUGGCGGUACUGGGGGUGCGCAUGGUUGGGUCCUUCUCUGCAGGUGGGGAGAGGGUGAGAGGAAAUUUUGGGGGGGGUCAGGAAGGCUGUGCCCAUCUGUGCUGUGUGAUGAGUUGAGUCUCUGCAGGUGCAGCCUCGGGGCCUGGCCAGGUUGUUUGGGGCCAGUCUCGGGGGACUUAGCUGGGCUGGGGGGGACAUGCUGGCAUCGGGAGGGUGAGGGCAUAGUGCGGUCGGGUCAGCAGCGCAGUGGGGAGGCAGCUGCCUGUCCCCGGCUCAGGGCUGGGGGAGAGGGCGGUGGCGGCCCUGGGGCGGGGGCUGCGGGGGCACCUCUCGGUGCCAUUUCCCCUGCUCGGCUCCGGGGCGGUGAGGCCGGGAUUUCUCUUCUGUUCUUGUUUUUGCAGAAUUGCACAAAGAGAGGUUUCCUUUUUCUUUUUUUUUUUCUUUCUUUUUUUUUUUUAAUUUAAUGAAUUGUAAAGUGUUGUCACCCCCCACCCCCCUUUUUUUUUUUUAAGAGAUAUUUUGGCUCAGAUAUGACCUCUGUUGGUAAAUGAUUCUUGUAACUGUACAAUUUUUUUGCCUCCUAAUAAUAAUAAAUUAACAAUUUUGCGUUGG